AUGUCACUCCAUACCUCCUAUCACGCAGACUCUGACGCGGACGAUGAGUACGAGCGCAGCGUCAUCACGUCGCCUCACCUAGCGACGGACUCAGAAGGCUCCGCAUCAGAGUCAGAGUUCCCUUCAGCAGAACCCACUCCCACCUUCGCUCGCAAUGAAGAUAAUUCCAAGUCCCCGAAAACAAUAAUUACCGAAUGGACCGCUGAAGAAUGCGCGAGCUAUGUCGCUUCCCUGGGUCUUCGUCAGUACUGCCAAUUGUUCAUAGAGAACGGGAUUGUUGGAGAAGCCCUCAUUGCGUUAAGACACGACGAGCUGAAAGAAAUGGGCAUUGCUAGUGUGGGACACCGGUUGACCAUUCUCAAGAGCGUCUACGAGACAAAAGUCAAGCAGGAUAUCCCGCUCGAUGGUGACCACUACAUUCCUCUUUCUGCCGACCAAAGUAUGAACGAGAGCGCAACCCAGGAAGAUAUCGCUCGACUAAUCCAAUCCAUCCGACUUCGAGACGAGAAAAUCAUCAGCGUCGAGACCGAGUUACGGCGUGUCUUAGAGGACUACCGGCGGCUAAGGGAGGAGCUUUUGCCCGUCUUUAAGAUGGCAAAAGAUAAAUCCCAACCGCUACCACCGCCGACUGCCGUGCCGACUACGGACAGCUACCAUGACGAUAGAUUCUCCGGGUCAACGCUCACAGGCCAACAGUCUGGCAUUACCAUCCUGGAUCGUUCCGGCUCGAUCUUGUCUCGGAACCUGUCUAAACGAGUUCAUGGAGGCACGACUCCCAAGAACAAUUCCCCAACCCACAUCCCACCUUCUAUCCAUGAGGGCCGGACGUACAACGACGGCACCAAUCUUGACCCGUCCGCCGCUGCUGUUGCCGCAUCCUCACAUCUCAGUACGAUGAAUGGAAAGUCGCAGUUAUCACCAAACCUACCGUCCCCGACAUCCCCUGGCAAUCAUUACGGCACACCGCAGACUCUAGCAUCCCGUGCCUACUCACAGCCAGGUUCUGCCCGCACGCACCAUGAUCAUUACGACGACACUGCGCAAUCUCAGUCCCGCUCGGACCGGCUGAACCCUCCCCCCUCGUCCGCCACACGCUCCGAGAUUCCCUCGCGUUCUGAGUCUAGAGCAGGGGGCGAAAAUCCCAGCGUGGAAAUUUUCAAGUCCUUCCGCGUUUCCGUUGAUGAUCCGUGCUACAAAGUCCUUCCAGCUGCUCUCAAGAAGUAUAACAUCAAUGGCGACUGGAAACAGUAUGCCCUUUACAUUGUAUACGGCGAUCAGGAGCGUUGUCUCGGGCUAGAAGAGCGACCGCUCAUUCUCUUCAAGCAGCUGGAAAAGGAAGGACGGAAGCCGAUGUUUAUGUUGCGAAAACAACAACAGCCGCCUGAAAACAACACUGUCUAUCCACCGGGCCCGGGCUCAGCGCCAAACAGCGCUGGUUUUGAGCCACGACAAGCGCAGAUCAACCUUCCCGGCGGAGUUCUGUAA